GUUGGGUUCAGCGAUAACAAGCAUCAUGGUUCACCCAUCAGACUCCUCCUAGUCUGGGCGAGUGGGCUCAUAUUUUUUCACCAACUCGGUUGGGUUCGAUCACAUUUGAACCGCUUCUCAAAAUUUAAAGAUAUAAAGGCGCUUCCGAGACGACUCGAUCCUCUAUCCGCGAUCCUCCCCGCAACUGUAGUCGCGACCUACACCUGAAAAGACGAAAGAGCCCAAGAGCUUUCCAAGAAUCAAGAACCAAGAAUCCGAUUUAUUCUCGGAAUUCCACCCCAAGCCAGGGGUAUCUCCGUCCAUCCUGCGUGCCGCGCACCGAAGAUUUCGAAAUCGUUGGGUUUGGUAAUGCGGCCGGGUUUCGGCAACCGGAGGGGCCGAUUCCUAGUGUCCACGGAGGUCCCUCCCAGAUGCCCCCAGUCGUCGCCGCCGCUGUCGCCGCCGGAAUCACUGCGGGAAUCGUCGCCGUCAGGUUCCUCUUCCCCGACGGGAUCUAUACCCUGGCUUUCGCCGUCGUCGGGCCUAACCCCUCGCCCGCCGGAUGGGCAGCCCUCCUCAGAACGCCCCGCUCGCCCGCCGAGAUUAUCUCCGAAGGGUAAGCAGUCACCUGGGCAUUUGGCUGGAGAGGGAGGGCAAAACCUAGCGCCGCCGGUCACGCGAAGCCCACCGGCCAAAGACAGCCCGAGGGUAACCGAGAAGAGGAAGAAGUCAAGGAAGGCGUUGGCCGGAAAACGUGUCCAAGAACAACACCCCUCCUUCAUCCAAACUCGCCCACCCAAACAGCAGCAGCAGCCUCUGAUCUUGCAAAACCCCCAACCCCAACAGCAAGAGCAAUUUUUGCCGUUCCCUUCUUUAGUUCAGCAUCCACUGAUCUUCCAAACCCAGCAGCAGCAGCAGCAAUUCUCACCAUUCCCUUCAUUUGUUCCGCAAUUCUCGCCGUUCUCUUCGUUGAUCUUCCAAACCCACCCACAAAUGGCCUUCUCCUUCCCCAGUCCUCAACUGCAACAACAGCUGCCCUCCCUCUUUCAAACGCCCCAACCCCAACAGCAGCAGCGGCCGUCGAUCUUCCAGACCUCCCAACCGCAGCCGCAGCAGCAGAACGUCCAGUUCCAGCAGCAGCAGCAUGCGGCGCUGCUGCAGCAGCAACUGAUGCUGUUCACGGAGGAUGGUUCGCCAACGAGUUAUAAUACACGGUUUGUGGAUUUACGUCGGGAUUCGCAGAAGCUUCUGCUACGGAUCGAGGAGCUUAUUCUGGAGAACAGGGCUGACAGCGAGAGGCUGGAUCAAUGCAUCCGACUUUAUGAUUCAUCAGUAUCAGGUGACAGUUUCGAGUUUGAUGCUAGUCGUAUUCUUCAGGAACUAGGAGGAAUCACUACUGCAAUAGAAAGAGAGGUCUCAGUGCAAGAUCUGAUGAAGAAAGUGAAUGAUAUGAUGUGUCAUAUGGAAUUUGCUAUCCAUUCAUAUAUGAUGCUUAGGCCAAGGUUUCUUCGUCCAAAUGUACCAGCUGCUGCAGGUAUCGGUUCAGCAAGUCAGACUGUGGGUGCAGCAGGAACUUCUGGCCAAACCAAUCAACUGAUGACCAGCUCCAUAUCACCAAUUUUUGAAUUCUACAGUGGGAUUCCAACGAGGCCUUCUAAGUUUGUGCACCACACCGCUGCUAGAUUCGAGAAGUAUAUGACUGAGUGUUGCCAGCAGAUUGAAGAACUAGAGCAGCUGGUCCUGAUGGAUACUGACAAAACCUCUUCAAACUCUUUAGAAGCUCUUCCAAAAGUUAUGUCAAAUAUACAUGAUUACUUCAUCCAUGUUGCUGCUGAGGUUGAGAACCUCCAUCGGUAUGUGGAGUCUAUGAAGAUGGCAUAUCUUGCAGACCGGCGGCGUUGGGGUGAUGGUAAUGAUCCAUUUCUGAGGCCAGUGGAAGAGAAGCAGCUAAACGAUAAGCUGCUGCUAGAAGAGUUCAUCCAACAUUGCAUUUACCAGCUAAUUCUGCACAACCAGCCACCCAAGCUGCUGACAUCUUUGCCAGUUCAGCAGCUUCCAUAUCAAGUGCACCACUGCUGUCUUCAGGGAAUACUGCUGCAUCUUCCAGUGGUGGAUUUUUUAUUUUUAUACCUACAUCUGCUUCAUCUUCUUUUCUCUUUUCGACUCCAACAGCAUCUGCUCAAUCAUCUAGCCUGUUUGGCUCUGCUGGAUUUACACCUCAGUUAACUCCAUUUGGGACUCCAUCUACAUUUCUAUUUGGGUCCACCCAGGCCCCCUUAGGAUUUGGAACUAAUACCACACUCUUCUCAUCCACACCUGUUGUUGGUAGCUCUCCACUGUUCGCCAUACCAUCAUUUGGCACAGGUGCUACAACUGGUUCGGGUACUAGCUUUGGUGUUGCAUCUCAGAAAUCGUCCAGCCCAGGGUCUUGUUCAACCUGGCACUGAUCACUUCCAACAGAAAAGGCGUCUGAUCCUAAAACCUGCUGCAGAAUUUUUGGACCUUAGCAUUUUAUGCACGAUAUUGAGAUGAUUGUUCAACCAAGUAGGUGCACAGUGAUGCUUCUUGAUGGGCUCCAGGAUUUUUCUUUUAAAACAAGAAAAAAAUUCUGCAGUGUCAGCAUCGAACUUGUAAAUAACUUCACAGUAGUGUCAUUUGACUCUCUUUUUGCCUCCACUGGAAUGAGGUUGCGAGGUGAGUGUAUGUAGUAGUUGCUGUAAAACAAUGUUUUGACUCUUUGAUACUCGUAGUUAGCAGAUUUGAGAACUCAGAAAAUCUGUAAAUUUGUAUACAGACCAUUUAGUCAACGGAAAUGGGGUUAAUCUAUUUCCUA